AUGGUUGCUCCACCACCCCGUGCUUUGUGCAACCAAUCUUCCAACAUUCGCUGGGCUUCGAUCCGCCACGAGCUGGGCUCUGUGCUCGACAACUCCGCCGACUUUUUCCGGCAGCUGUCUGUGAGGAGGCACUUCAAGUGGCUCCUGGCCUGGUUCUCGACAACUGCCCACACCAACAUCUGGCUCAGCGGAUGCCCACUAGGUGUCCUGACAUUGAGACUGUUCACGGUCCUGAUCUCCAACGAUGCUGAUCGUUGCAUACAGAUGCGCGAUGCGAGGAUGGGCUUGGAUCUCAUCCACGUGCCCUUGGCCGACGUCGUGGAGUCUGGCUGGCCAGCAUUUCGAAUCCUGGCCCUCCUGGCAGAGGAGCAACGUCGGAUCAGCUAUCCUCUUGACAGCGCCUGCGACAACUUAGACUCCUCGUCUGGAAGGGCCUUCCGAACACAGCUUGCCGCGGCGCUGGCAGCGCGCAGCACGCUGCCCCUUGCAGAGGCGGAGGCACACCUGCGCGAGCCACCUCCUCGUUGCGUGCUGGGCGAUGCUGCGGCGUACUUCGUGUUGGCCGCGUCGCACGACGCCUCGGCUCCGCAGCAUCGCGAACUCCUGGAGAAAGGACAAGCAGUUCUGCUCGAGUGGACGCCGCUCCGGCGAUCCCUCUACGACAUCUUAACCACCCGCUGGCCGGUAUGGAGGGCCCUGGAGCGCACGUCCAUCCGUCCCAACGCGUCGCUGCCGAACCUGCGCGGCUGGGUCAUGGUUGUGGCGUCAUGCUCGAUUUCCGGACACAAUGACACCUUCAAUGCUGCCCAAUACUCGGAGUGCGGACAGCAAAGCCAUCCGGCUCUAGUAGGAAUCUACGUCCCAGGUGCCUCACUGCUCAGCACGUCGGUGGUGGUCCUCCUCUCGCCACUUCUGUGGAGCGGCCUCGACUCGGCAUGGGAGGCCUUGGUCUCGGGGGUGCGUGCUCUGCAAUAUCCCAGCGAGUUCCAGACCUUCAGCGAGGUUCCCUUAGAUGCUGACAUCAUGGGGCGCCUCGGCAGUGGCCAAAGGGGUCCAAGGUAG